AUUAAAGAAAAAAGGGCACAACAUAAAGAAAAAAAUGGACCCUUGGUUAUUGUAAUAUCUAGUAACCGAUUAAAAAAGCCGUUUGACCAAGAAAAGAACAAAGAAAUGUGCAACAGGUGGCCUCAAAGUACUGUCAUGCCAACCUUCAUGUGCAAUCUGGACUAAAUGGAGCAUAUGAGAUUGUAACUGCUACAAAUACCCCAUAUAUCUUCCCUCUUCAUGAAUUCCAUAUCACAGAGUUAGAGUACUAGUUCACAUAGUACAGAAAAAAUGGCUGAGUUAGCUGUACUGUCUCCUAUUAUUUCUAUCCUUCUUCUGUUCGUCUUCUCAGGAGAGAUAUCCAUGGUGGUGAAUGCACAGAAUGCUUGGUGUGUAGCAAAUCCUGCAGCACAAGAAGAAGCCCUACAUUCGGCAGUGGAUUAUGCAUGCAGUUAUGUAGACUGCACCCCAACAGUGAAAGGAGGCUGUUGCUUUUAUCCAGAUACAUCAGUGCACCAUGCCUCAUACGCCAUGAAUGCUUACUACCAAAAGAUGGGAAGAAAGCAAUGGAAUUGCCAUUUCACCAAUACUGGUCUCAUUUCCUUGACUGAUCCAAGUUAUUAUGCCAGCUGCACAUUUGUGAGCGGAGGAUCAGGACCUCCACUGCCACAGAAAAAGGACACUUGGUGUGUGGCUAAGCCAGGAAUCCCAGAUCCUGCGUUGCAGGAAAUCAUUGACUUCGCUUGUGGAGUACUAAAAGAUUGCAGCAAGAUACAAGAACAUGGUUCAUGUUUUUUGCCAAAUACACUGAUAAGCCAUGCCUCAUUUGCCAUGAAUCUUUACUAUAAGGCUGACGGACAAUACAAUUGCGACUUCAACGGUGCUGGCCAAGUCGUCGUGACGAAUCCAAGUUUGGGUGAUUGCGUCUAUGUCUGAGACUAUCAAAGCGUUUUUCUGUUAUCGUGUUUGCUUCUUUUGUAGUCUAAUAAAUUUGUCCCAAUUGUGGGGACUGUGGACUGUACCUUAGCUAUAAUUUGAUUCGACUGUUAAUCUCCGAAGCUUGAGCUUAGUUGAAGUGUUGAAAUCCAGAGGCAGAGAUUGAUUAGUACUGCUUAAACUUUGCUAGAACGUAUGAGUAUGAUGAGUUUGUCACUGUGUCUCAACUCGGCUUGUAUUUGGGAUGAGUUGCUUGACUUAGCUUGAUAUUUAUGUAACAAGAUUCGGUUGGACUUAA